GUCUUCAAACGCUUAAUGCCUUUGAAUAAAACUUAUGAAGACAAAGUCCGGAUUUUCUCUUGUUGUGAGUCAACUUCUCUCCACUUUGAUAAGAAAAUUCCACAACAUAUGCAUAAAAAAAGAUAAUCUGUCCAUUAUUUAUUCCUGCUAAAGUUUUUUUUAAUGUUUUCUACAAUCUGUUCCAGCUUAAGGCAAACAGGCAGCUAACCCAUCAAGGAUUAACACACAGAGAGUAAAAAACUAGCAUUCUUAAAUUUGCAAAAAUGCUUCAACUUAUACACAAUUCCAAUAUGAGAGGACAGCAUUGCAUCCCUGGCAAUCUAUUGUACAGUUUUGGCCAACAAGUUUGAGAAACGCAAAAAUGUGCCUUCUUGAGACCAGGCCAGUGUGGAAAUGUCACCACUUUACUGUGCGUGCAGAAACACUUCGCCUUCUGCUAUUCUGGAGAUGGAGGUGACCAUUGUUGACAAAAGAUUUUAGAGAUAAAGAUUUUAUUUGUUUAAUUUUGUGUCCUUUCUUGGCACAAUCAUGCCAUGUGGAAUAGCUGGAUGCCUACAUGAAUUGGGGCAGAUUUCCUCUGCAGAAAUGUCUCAAAAUGGAAUCCUAACUGCACGAUUAACUUUAUAAGGCCAAGGUAGGAUCCAGCAUCAAAGUAGGCAGGCCACAUUGAUGUAGUAGUGACCUAUGUUUGUAUGAACAUCAGCCACUUGGAUUAUCUGUGUGUCGGUGUGCAUGUGGGUGGUGAGCAUGUGUAGAAAUAAGUGCGUUUUGUAAGGGUUAGGGUUACGCGAGAGAAGAACGAUAGAAGGCCUGCAACACUCAGUACCCAAGAGCAGCAAAGACAGGUGGACUAGGCUCCAGACUGCCGCAGCAGUCCCAGCAAGACAAACACAGGCCAUCCAUACAUCCCACACAAAGGUAGACAUCUGAGAAGCAUUAGAACGGCUGCUCCCAGGCCAAAGAGGCAAAGAGUGAGGCGCGGGGCCACCAGCCACUGCUGCCACCAACCACGCAGGCCAAGCCAGCGAGCCAGGAACCCAGUUCCCCCAGCAGCUUGGGCCCCCAACAACCCCCGGGAAAAAGAUCGCCUAGAACCAGGUAGGGGAUACUCCGCCCCCCAGAUCCCCCAACCCUCUGGGCAGCCGUCAGCACACUGUGGCACCAAACACAUUGAAACACAGUCAAUGACCAUGGUUCUUGAAAACCAAGAAAAAACUAUGAUCAUAUUACACAAAACCAAACCCUAUAUCCUAAUUAGGGGACUUCUGGGGACAAUUCUUUGUUAGAUUAAAGGGGGCUGAGUACAAAUGCAAACCGCACUUUUUGGAUUUGUUCAUUUUUUUGGGCUAUCACAUACCAUCCCAAUAAAACACACUGAGCCUUGUGGUUCUAACAUUGCAAAAGGAGAAAAGGUUGAAGUGAUUUUAAUUCUUUUGGAAGGGACCGUAAGAUUAAGAACAUGCCAAAGCUGAAAAUGACACCCAAACUGACUACAAAUACAACAAUUUAGUAAGUCAGGCUCUGUGAGCCAAACUGAUCUCCAGGACUGUAAGAAACACAUUUUCUUCACUUGUCUAGUCUGAGAUUACCCUGAAACACAGUCAUUUACAUCAAAUGCUGGGUGUUAAUCUCAUCAAAAGGGAAGUAUAUGCUGGAAAAAAGUUUCUUUUUUACACAAUAAGGAUGCUCAUCUGUCAUUUAUCUCUAAUCACAUAUGGACUUAAUUAAAUUCAGGGCUUACCACAUCAAUAAGGGGAAGUCUUGUUUUCAGUUUUCUUGGAAAAUGUCAAUGUAUAUGAUUCACAAGAACAUCAUGACCUUUUGUUUUCUUCCCAGGAAGCUUGCAAAAGAUUUGUUCCUGCAAACCUUAUAUGGCUUAAAUAAGUGCACCAGUGAGUAUAAAUCUGGCUAAUUUAGGAAUCUCCACUGCUGAUGUUCUCUGCUUUCAUUAGAGCAUCUCCUCUCAAUGAUUGUCAUUUCAGUGAGAAUUUAUUGAAUCAUACAACUUCUCCUUUACUUGAUUGCCCUGCUUGCACAAGCUAAUUACUCUCAGAUUUGAUGUUCAGAACCUGGAGUGCAUCCCUGAAGAGGCGGUGUGGGAUCUGAAGCUUGGCUGGACAGCGGGGUCAGAUCAUCUGUGUGGGCAGACACACGGAGUCCAACCAAGUUUUUCACCCACUGAGUGGUGUCCCACUGGAGCAGCUGGCCACAUCUUGGAGAAAUUCCUUUAGAGAGCCCCCUCACUUUUAACAGGAUGACACUACUCAACUACCCAGUUCCAGAUUUGGACGCUACACUGCAAGAAGUGAGCCGUGUUCUGCAGCUCACACUAUGCCCAGAUAUUUACCUUGAGUUCAAAAGCACCCUGGAACAGCAGAGAAAUGCCCUUGAAGAAGCCCAGAGGAAAUUAGAGGCCAUUGCAGCGGGCCAAGAGAACUGGGUGACUGACCAGUUCAAGAGGGGUUUGCUUUCUUGUGCUGACCCCCUGCCUACUUCAACAGCUCUGCCGGUUGUUCUUCUCCCAUCAAAAGCAAAGGGAUGCUCUCAGCUGGGGAGGGCAGCUGCUCUGCUCUGGGCAGCAGCAAAGUUGUACAGUGAACCCCUCUUGUUGAAGGGCGAUGUUCCUAUGGAGCACACUCAGCAGUCUGAAGUGUUUGGUGCCAGCCGUAUUCCUGGCAAGAGCCAAGACGAAAUUAAGGUCUAUCCAGACAGCCUCCACGCAAUCAUCACCUGUGCUGGUGGAGCAUUCCCCAUUGACAUACUUUGUCGUCCCAGCACCGGUGGACCAGUUUCUGUGCGGUCCUUUAUGGACAUCUACAAGCAACUGGCCCAGGUGAUGGAUCUGCCCAAAGCUGGGAAACAGAACGAUCCCUCUGUCAUUUGCAGCCUCUCAACUUUGGAGCGGAAGACCUGGGGAGCUCUCAGAGAAGAGAUCCUCAAGCAAGGAGGCGAUCCGCAAAAAUCACUUGAGCUCAUGGAGAGUGCCAUCCUUACACUGUGUCUGGAAGACAGUGAAGCACCCUGUGAAAUGCCUGAUAUCCUCAAUGCAGUGAGACUGGGAGGAGGAGGAGACACUCCAUGUCUGCGAUAUUAUGACAAGGUGCUGAAUCUAGUUGUGUUUAAAGACAGCACAGCUGGGAUGGUGUUCGAGCACAGCGCUGUGGAUGGAAUGGUAGCUUCUCUUGUGACAGAACAUGUAUACCAUCUGUCCGAGACUGUUGACUUAAACCUUGUCAAUAAUGACUUAGGAGCAAUGAAGUCUGACACAAUAAACACUGUUCAUUCUGCAAGUCCAAAAGUCCUAACGUUCCCCUUUCAAGGGAUAAGUAGCCUCCAACAGCAACCUGUAUUGACAGUAGACAAUGUAGUUCUUACUUUUGAUCUCCCCUCCUAUCCUGAUGUAUUUUCAACGCUCAGAGAGCAGAGGGGCCUGUAUGAUGCUUGGAUCAACUUCUCCUUGCAGCUCUCCCUUUGGCAAACUCUUGGAGAGUCUGCUGCUAAACACAUGCUUGUCACCCCUACACAUAUGCGGCACUACAAACAUGGCCGUUGUGAUCCCACGUACUCACUCACAAUGCAUUCCCGCAAGUUAGUUAAUACCUUGGCAUCUCGCAUUUGUCCUGAUAACACCAUGCAGUACACUAAUGACUUACUGCAGCUGUUCCAUGUUUCUUUUUUGGAGCACAAAAGGCUCAUCAAAAACACCAAAACCGGUCAAGGUGUUGGUCCUCACCUGGCCGCUCUACGGCAGUCUUUACCAUCUGACAAUCCAUUAAGGAAAUUCCUGAAUCCCUUUGGAUGUCCAUCUGUAUAUCUCACAGGUUCUGAUACGAUGGAAGGUGUAGAGUGUGGGGUAGGAAAUGUUUAUGCCCAAGACCAACUUGCUGUAACCUACCUUGGGAAGAAAGACAAGGUGCAACUGGUGCUCAAUGGAAAGGGGACAUUUGCUGUUGUUCUGAAGAAGCUUCAAGAAAACCUUGAGAUGAAUUUGAAGUUGUUGAUGCUUUUAGCUGUUAGGUAUGCCAUCGCAAGCCAAAUGGGAGCACUUGACUCUCUGUUAAAACAGCAUCAAACGGAGCAGAUGCUUCAUUGCCAAGAUAAUCUUGACAAGGACAAAGGCACUGUUAACGCUGCAUCUGGCAUGUGCUCUGAUUACAUUCUUGUGAUUCAUGGAGGUGCUGGAGAGGAUAUGAUGCUGAACAGUAAAGUGACAGAGAUGAUUGAGUUUGCACUGCAAACAGCCUUAACCAUUGGUGCCCAGAUUCUUGAACAAGGCGGCAGUAGUCUGGAUGCUGUUCAGAGAUCUGUGGAAGCCUUGGAAGACUGCUUUCUAUUUAAUGCAGGUAGAGGUUCAGUGUUUAACAAAGAUGGCAAAAAUGAAAUGGAAGCAACCAUUAUAGAUGGAAAUGGAAUGAGAUCAGGAUCUGUUGCUUGUGUGAAAAGUGUAAAGAAUCCCAUCAAAGCAGCCAGAUGCGUGAUGGAGAGGAGCUCACAUUCACUUAUUGUUGGAGAGGGAGCUGAAGAGUUUCUGCAGGGGUUGAAUGACAAAGAACAGCCAGUUGGGCCACAGUAUUUUUACACUGAUAUACGUCACAAAGAGUUAAUUGCAAAACUCAGUGGUGGAAAUACCUCAAAAAACAACCACCCUCAGACAGUUGGAGCUGUGGCCUUGGAUCGUCGGAACACAUUGGCAGCUGCAACCUCCACAGGUGGGUUGGUGGGAAAAUUGAAAGGACGAGUAGGGGAUACUGCAGUAGCAGGUGCAGGAAUAUAUGCAGAUGACAAGGUAGCAAUUACCUGCUCUGGAGAUGGAGAUGUGUUUUUAAGGAGCAGUGUGGCAGAAAAAAUAGCCAGUCUUUACCACAACAAAGGCUAUAGCCUCAGACAGGCCUGCAAGGAAGUGAUGGCCAAAAAUUUGAAAAAUGUGUGCGCUGGCAUCAUAGCCGUGGAUAAAAAGGGUGAUGCUGUCAUUGAAACAAAUGCUGGUGUGAUGUUUGUGGCCUCAAUGACAUGUGGUAUAUCAAGGGUAGAGGUUCUCAAACCUAUGAAGAGUUUUACCAAUGUGAUCUGGGAAACAGAGGACCUGGUCGCCUACCUGAACCCUAACCCCUGGACCCCUGGGUCAACAAUUCUGACUAGAAAGACUCUGAGUGGGGCUAACAGCAUCUUUCAGUUGCCAACACCUGAUUUUGUUGCUAUGCUACAAGGUGCAAAAACAGUAUCAAACCUGUUAUGUGAGCGACUGGGAGUACAACGCUGUGCUUUGAUUUUUAAUCCAAUCCCUGAUAAACCAGCACAAAUCAGACUACUCCCACUCUGUGGAUUAGAACCAAAGUGGCAGCCCCAUCUGGCAGAAGAAAAGGAGUUCCACAGUUAUGACACAGGCUUCUGUAACUCAAAAAGUGGCCCACGCUGGGAUGACAAGGCACUGACCCAAAUUCAAGCCAAGAUAAGAAAUGCACUGCCUACACCAAAUGCCCCAUCUUGCUUUGACUACUUUGGUGACCCUUCCAAUGAUAACCUGUUUAGCCAGAUUGUACAAGGAGAGCAGCAACAGUGGAGAGUGUGGGAAGACAGUCAGCAUGUUGCCUUCCUGACACCAUACCCAAAUAGACCUGGUCUAACUGUUGUGGUGCCCCGCAGGCCCCUGUCCAGUGACAUCUUCAGGCUCAAUGAUCCUGACUACAAAGCUCUGAUCUUAGCCACAUAUAAAGUUGCCCAACUGCUACAGGAAGGAAUCAAGGCUCCAAGUGUUGCACUGAUCUUUGAGGGGUUUGAGAUCGACCAUGCCCAUGCCAAACUGUUCCCUCUGUUACCUUCACCAGAUGGGGCAAAAGCUGUCAAGCUACAACCAGAAUUCUUUCCAACCUACCCUGGAUUUGUGUCAUCCUUGGAUGGCCCACCUGCCGAUGCUGAAUCGCUCAAAAACAUCCACUUAAAAAUCACCCAGUGCAGGCCUCCUUGUUCAUGGAAAGAUCCUCAGGUUCACUCCACACUGGCCAUGAAAAGCCAGUGGUAUCGCAACCUGUUCCAAAUUCAAAACACUUUAUUCCACAGCACAGUGGAGUAUUUCCACAGUUCUUGCCAGUACUCCUAUGCUCUGACCCCUCUCACCACAGACACCAUAUCUUCACCAAUGGGUCUGGGGUCUGACUCAGAGCCAGUGUCUGUAAGUCUGCUUGGGCAAGAUGUCUACCUGGCUGACUCAAUGCAAUUUGUCCUUGAAUACUUCCUUCGCUUUCAGGAGAACCUCCCCGGAACCUACUACAUAUCUCCUAGCUUUAGAGGGGAAGAUCCAGAUGCCACACACUUGAAUCAGUUCUACCAUGUCGAGUGUGAACUCUUGGGGGACAUGGACGAUGCCAUUUCCAUUGCAGAGGGAUACUUGGUUCAUCUCACCAAGUCUAUGUUGAAAAAUCACUCUGACAUAAUCCAGAACUCUGCUGGAUCCCUAACUCACGUGACAGAAAUCCUGAGCAAAAUGGAAGGAAAAACUUCUCUGCCAAGAAUCCCCCUAGAUCAAGCCAUUUCCAUGAUGCCCUCUGCUGACUGCUUAGAGUGGGUGCAAGACGGCCAACCCCACUUUGGUAGGAAGCUAACCCGCAAAGGGGAGUGCGUUUUAAUAGAGAAAUUUGGUGGUGCUCUUUGGCUAACUGAGAUGGACCACCUGGCAGUUCCCUUCUACCAGGCGUACGUGCAGGGCACAGGUCGGUGCAAAGCCAAAGCAGCUGACCUCUUGCUGGGGCUGGGUGAGACCGUUGGUCUUGGUGAACGCCACUCUACCCCUGAGAUGGUCCAAGAAGCCCUGAGGCACCAUGCAGUACCAGAAGAUUCCUACAAGUGGUACAUUAGCAUGCGCACAGUGAAGCCACUCCUCACUAGUGGAUGGGGCAUGGGGACGGAGCGUUACUUGUGUUGGCUGCUUCAGCAUGAUGACGUUAGAGAUCUGCAUAUCAUACCAAGAAUGAAAGGAAUAAAGUACAUGCCCUGAUCAUAAGACCACAGCAGACAAUUAGGCCAAUAAAUGUAAUAUAUUUGUGGUAACUGGGUCAUACUAGAUUAUACAGUGUGGAUUCUGAGCUCACAAAUACAUCAGGGACACGUAAUUUAUAACUUGGAUCCAAAUUUCUAUUUUUCCUUCUGUUUCUCAGCUUCUAACAAUGUCCUGUAGCCUUUUGUCCUGAAUAUUGAAGCCCUAAAAUUUAGUUAGAACUGAAUAUUACACUGGAUACCACUUUUAUAAAGUACAUAUAUUAAAACUAUACUAUAUUAGGUGGUCAUUUUCUUUGUUAAAGUGUCAGUUAAAUAUAACACAAGUUUAUUUUAUAACCUGCUUUUUAUUGCUUUGUGUUAGGACAAAUCACACAAAACAAAAUUAUGUUUUUCAAAUCAAAGACAAACAACACAUUUUAGUUUUAUUUACGACUGUUUUUAAAAAUCAUUGGAAUCAUUCAUGUAAGCAGGAUUUCAUAUUCCUGUUUUUGUCCUAUGCUACUUGUUGAUUUUCAAACAAAUUAUUGCUUUUAAAGUCAACUGAAUAAUUAAUCAUUGUAGCAAAUAAAUAUUUACCAAAGAUCUAAAUGGCCUUAGAGAUAUUUUUUGACAUUUUCCAUAAAAAAUAGAUGAAAUGAUUGUAUUUCAUCUAGUUUUUCUCUGUAUUCCGUUUUGAAAUGUCUCUUAUACUAGCUUUUACCAGUGUAAAGUAAAGUUGUUUAUUGCUGGAAUAUUUCUCUGCCUUUGCUACAGUUUUCUGAACAACGAUUUGCAAAGCCAGUUUGAAUUACCCAUGUUAACAGCUAACACAAUUUUUAAAGUCGUUUAACAUUAAUUUAAAAAAGGUUUUGGGUGAACCAAAAUUGUGAGCAUUUUGAUGUUUUAUGCUAAUGCUAUUGUAAUGUUACCAGUGAUUGAGUAAUUCUGUAGUUAAUUAAAUAUACGCAUACAGUUUAUAUACAAACACACAUCUAACGAUGAAUUUUACAAUUUUCCUCACAGUAAAAAAACUGGUUGUGGUGGAUAAUCUUUUUUUCUCAGUGAUUAAGAGCAGUUCAUCUGAUCACUAAAAUUGAAACACUACCGCUUACUGCAGUUAACCCUUCUAUAGUAAUCAGUCUUAAGUUUUUAUACUUUUUUAAUUAGGCAGUUUUUGUCCACGUCAGCUGUGAGAUCUGUAUAACUGCUUUGCAGGCUGUUUAAAGCUUUUGAAAGUCAAGUCAUAAUGACUGGGACAAAAUGAUGUAAUUGCUCAUACACCACAGUAAUUUGACAACAUAGAAUUUAAAACAUUGGUUUAUUAAACCGUAUAUGUAUGGAUUUUCACGAUACAGACCAACAAAGUAGUUUUUUAAAAAGUUAAAAAUUAAAUAAAAUGUGAUGUGAGUUUGUAUUUAGCCCAUUUUCAUAUUAUACCCUGAAAUAAAAUCCAGUGCAACAAAUUGA